CCAUCGGGGACUGUUAAAGAUACUUGCUGUAAAUUCGAGACGGCUCAGGGAGUCAAUGCUCGCCUGUUUCCUGUUCUUGAUGAACUUGUCAAAACCACUGUUUUUCGAUAUUUCAAAGUCAAUCUACAAAAACAGUGUCCUUUUUGGAACGAAAACUUUUUAUGCUUUGGUGAACAUUGCUCAGUCACUGAAGCUGACGAGCAUGAAAUUCCAGAAAAAUGGCGCACAGAGGCUCUCUCAUCCAUCAAUUGGGAGGCUAGCAAAUCAAAAGGAUUGAAGCUUGUCAAGCAAUGUGAAUUCAACGAAAAAGAUUUUUGUCAGCUGGAUGAUGAAUUAACUGAAGUUGGAAAUUAUGUUGAUUUGGUCAAGAAUCCUGAGCGGUUUACUGGAUAUUCAGGAGAAUCUAGCGAACGUGUUUGGGGUGCUAUUUACAAAGAGAAUUGCUUCCAGACUGCUGGAUCCCAUUUAAACACUGGCAAUAUCAAUCCGUUGGAACGAAAUAUUGAUGAUGUGUGUACCGAAAAGCGCGUAUUCUACAAGCUAAUCUCUGGUCUUCAUUCGUCCAUUUCCAUGCAUAUCUGUGAUCAAUGGUUCAAUCAAAUCACUGGUGAAUGGGUUCAUAAUUUAGACUGUUAUGUUGACAGAAUUGCCAAAUUUCCUAGCCGACUGGAAAACCUUUAUUUUUUAUGGGCAAUUGUUGUUCGAUCUGCCUCCAAACUUGCUCCGUAUCUAGCCAAUCACCCUUUCUGUGAUGGCACCCAGGACGAGCGUCUUGUAAAGGUAUGCAGCUAUAAUGCAAUGCUGGCACAUGUGGAUCAAGUUGCCAAGAUUGUGUCGACAUGUCCCUCAACAUUUGAUGAGAGUACCAUGUUUGCGGAAGCUUCGUAUUUAGAUUUAAAAGAUGAAUUCAAGUUGCGCUUUCGCAACAUUUCACUCAUUAUGGACUGCAUUGGAUGUGAAAAAUGUCGUUUAUGGGGCAAGCUGCAGAUCACUGGAUUAGGAACUGCCUUGAAAGUCUUGUUUUCGUAUGGGAAUGACGUGAAUGACUACAGACUCUCCCGUUAUGAGUUGAUUGCGUUUAUGAAUGUAUUUCAUCGUCUUUCUGAAAGCUUGAUGGCUGUGGAGCGAUUUCAA